AUGCCGUCCGAACUCGAGGAGCUGGUGGAAUUCCUGCACCAUGGCAACACCCAAAUCAGACAAAUCGCUUGCGAAAACCUCGUCGGCUUCUCCACGGCUCAGCCUGACUUGUUCAAGCGCCAUCAACUCCUACCCGUCCGCGAUUUGAAGCUUCUAGCCCGUGAUUACAUUCCAAUUGCGAAGAAUGCAUUGACUAUGCUGGUCAACCUGUCUGGCGAUGAAGAGGUGCUGAAACUUCUCGCCGAGGAUGACAAGUUUAUUGAGACCUUGCUUGCGAAAUUGACAAAUCCCAAGGAGCCCAACGCCGAUGAAGUGGCCAUGCUUCUGGCCAAUCUCGUCAAGUCCGAAACCCUACACAAACUGUUAUCCCUCAAGCGCAAAGCCCCCGAAUCCGUAUCUACCUCCGAAAAUGCGAUCGAUCAGCUGAUGGACUGCUUCGUGAAGGGCGCCGAGGGCGCUCUUAACAAGCACGCCAAUUAUGAUUACCUAUCGUACGUUUUUGCCGACCUGUCGCAGACGGAAAAGGGCAGAGCCUAUUUCACCCAACGCCAGGAGUACGAUGACGUGGUCCCCAUCACCAAGCUGACGGUCUUCACGGAGCACCGAAGCGAUAUCCGGAGGAAGGGCGUUGCAUCCACAAUCAAGAACGUGGCUUUUGAGGUCGAUUCGCACCCAAUGCUCUUUGACGAGGACGGGGUCAACCUUUUGCCUUACCUGUUACUCCCGCUUGCAGGUCCAGAGGAGCUGUCAGAAGAGGAUACGGCGGAUAUGCUGCCAGAUCUCCAACUGUUGCCGCCCGAUAAGCAACGAGACAGCGACACCAGCAUCAUCACCACCCACCUGGAAACCUUGCUUCUCUUGACCACAACUCGUGACGGCCGUGAUAAGAUGCGAGCGGUCAAGGUUUACCCUUUGAUCCGCGAAACUCAUCUGCAUGUUGAGGAUGAGAAUGUGACAGAAGCAUGCGACCGGUUAGUGCAGGUCCUGAUGCGAGACGAGGAAGGUGAAGGCGAAGGGGAGCCCGAACAACCUCAAAUCGAGGCGCCUCAGAACGAGGAUGAAAAGGUUUAUUUCAUCAUCGCCCCCACCAUCACGUCGGCCAAUAUUCCACUGCGGACGCGGAAGCUGUCUUGUCCCUCGGCCUCGAGGCGCAAGUGGCUUCCCGCUGAAUCGGAUCCAAGUGAUUCUAAUUUCGAUGAUUGCCCGAGCGACAAUGGAAACUACCCCGAAGUUGACAAUCUACCACCCGACGUGAACCCCGACACAGGGAUUGUUCAGCGCUUUCGGGCCUUCAUGUCGCGCGCCCCUCUUCUUCGCUCGUCGCCCGUCCCCGGGGCACCCUCUUACGGAGCAUUGCAAAGCCCAGACGACUCGGAAGAGGAUAUCUCCAUUUCGCGUGGACAGAAUGUUCCUCGGGGUUUACAACGAGCGAGCCUCGAAAAUGGCGGUGGGAGCUCUUCCAACGUACCAGGAUCUACUCCAAGACGAUCACAUUCCUCUGCCAGGCGACGAAACAGCUUGUACGCAGAGAGACGCAAUCGUCGGCCUUCAUCCGCCGCGUCCGAUAUAGGAAUGGGUCCUGAUUCAAAAUACUCGUUUGCCACUGGAUUGGCUGUGCCGGGAAACCCGGUGAUGCAGGAGACACCGGCGUCUUCGCCAUAUAUGACAAGUGAUGAUGAAAAUGUCGUCGACAUUGAUGAUGAUGAUUCAAAAUCGUCGGCUGAGGAUCCUCCGGACAAUUCGCCGUAUGCCCAAGUACGAGCUUCAGUUCCGGCCACGGAUGAUAUCUCUCUUUCUAUUAACACACCUCGGAUGUGGAUUCUUUCUUUAUUAUUCUCUUUGACGGGGUCCGCCGCCAAUCUUUUCUUUUCCUUGCGCUAUCCCAGUGUUGCCAUUACCCCAAUCAUUGCCCUUGUUCUAGUCCAUCCACUGGGCAAGUUUUGGGAUGUGCUUUUCAAACAGGGCGAUGACCCUCUGGAGAUUUUUGAGAACGGAUCCCUUCACCACCGCGAGUUACUCUCCGGUGAGAUCGAUGCCCCUCCUGUUCCAUUGGCGUCCCGAGUCAGACUUUGGUUUGGCCAGGGCCGUUGGAACGAAAAGGAGCAUGCUUGCGUCUAUAUUAGCAGCAACGUUUCUUUUGGAUUUGCUUUCGCAACUGAUGUUAUUGUCGAGCAACAUAAAUUUUACAACCAAGAUGUUCCAAUUAUAUACCAGCUGCUGCUCAUCAUAUCCACCCAGGUUUUGGGAUACGCAUUCGCGGGUCUAACUCGACGAUUCCUCGUGCGGCCAUCGGCUAUGAUCUGGCCGGGAACUCUGAUGUCCACUGCAAUGUUCUCUACAAUGCACAAGUCUGUCAACAAGAAGGCAAAUGGGUGGAGCAUCUCCCGAUAUAAAUUCUUCGUUGUUGUGUGGGCAGGGGCCUUUGUCUGGUAUUUUGUUCCGGGGCUGUUGAUGCCUGCUCUAAGUUAUUUUAAUGUGAUCACUUGGUUGGCACCCAAAAAUGUGGUGAUUUCGAACUUGUUUGGUGUUGCCUCUGGUCUCGGGAUGUUCCCCUUGACGUUCGAUUGGGCCCAGAUUGCCUAUAUUGGCUCCCCGUUACUCACGCCUUGGUGGGCCGCAGCUAAUAUCGUGACGGGACUGGUGGUUGUCAUCUGGGUAGCCGCCCCGAUACUCUAUUAUAAAAAUGUUCUUUUCUCUGCAUAUAUGCCCAUAGUUUCAACAGCAGUGUUCGACAAUACCGGACGGCCAUACAACGUGAGCCGAAUCUUGACCGCAGAUUUUUUGUUCGAUGAAAAGGCCUAUCAAGAUUACUCCCCAGUCUAUCUCCCAAUCACCUAUGUGCUAUCCUACGGUGUGCAGUUUGCCGCUUUGACAUCUCUUGUCACUCACACCGUUUGCUGGUAUGGGAAGGACAUCUGGCAUCAGACUAGAAAGGCUUUUGAGGAAAGACGAGAUGUGCCAGGCAUGGAGACGUACCAGCCGCUUCGUGCAAGCAAUGAUACAACACGACAGAGUUUUGAAUUCCCAAGGACCAGCUCGCAUGAACCGAGCCAGGAGAUUCCAUUGGGAGGGGAGGAUGUUCACUGUCGCUUGAUGAGGCGCUACAAGGACGCUCCUCUCACGUGGUAUCUUCUCGUGUUCAUAUCUAUGCUCGCCAUUGCCAUAUUCACGGUGGAAUAUUAUCCAACACACCUACCUUGGUAUGGGCUACUCUUGGCUCUUGUUAUUACUUGUGUGUUUUUCAUCCCAGUCGGCAUCAUCAUGGCCGUCACCAAUCAACAUAGCAGCCUCUAUCUGAUCUGCCAACUCCUUUGCGGUAUUGUAUUCCCGGGAAGGCCUGUAGCGAACAUGAUUUUUGUGACCUACUCAUAUAUCAGUUCUGCACAAGGGAUCAAGUUUUCUUCGGACCUCAAGCUCGGCCAUUACAUGAAGAUCCCACCACGAAUUCUGUUUGGCGUCCAGAUGAUGGCGACUUUGGUCUCAAGUCUGACCCAAAUUGGUGUUCUGAACUGGAUGUUCACUUUCGUCCCGGGACUUUGUACUCCGGAGGCCAUCAAUGGUUUCAAUUGCCCCAUUGCUCGAGUCCAUUUCAACGGCAGCAUUCUCUGGGGAGUCGUUGGCCCACAGCGCUUCUUUGGCCCAGGAGGGCUAUACCGUCCGCUUGUCUGGGCGUUUUUGUUGGGAGCCGUCGCCCCUCUCGGAGCGUGGCUUCUAGGGAGGCACAGAAAGAAGAGCUUCUGGCGUAUGGUCAACUUCCCUAUCUUGUUUGGCAGUCUGAGCUGGAUACCACCUGCAACUGGGCUUAACUUUUCCAUCUGGGCCCUUGUAUGUUUUGUCUUCAAUUAUGUGAUCCGGCGAAGGAGGACCGCCUGGUGGGAAAAGUACGCAAUGACCUUGUCAGCCGCAUUGGACUCUGGGUUGGCAUUUGCAGUGGUUGUUGUUUUCUUUGCCUUCAUUUACCCAGGCUUGGUCGAUGGUUUCAAAUGGUGGGGUACGGAGAUCUAUAAACAAGGCUGUGAUUGGGUUGCUUGUCCAUACAAGCCACUACAACCGGGUCAACGAUUCGUCAAAGAAAAGCAAGAAUAG